GAUGAAGAAGCAGAGACGAUCGAAGGUUACGUACUUCCGUACUACUUCCCGUUACAAUGACAGCGCGCGAGCUACGUAGCUACCAAAAUACAAGUUAUAGCUAACAGACAGCUGUAGAUGAAAGUAUAUUUUAUUGAACAACAGAAUCCCGUUAAGGGUAACGUUAAUGGACUAACAAAGUAAUGUUUUGAUAGGGUCAUUUGAGCUAUUCGGUAAGCUUAUUUGGGCGGGUUUUAGACUAGUAGCUACUAGCUAGCAAGCUAACAAUGUCCUCAUCAUCGUGGGCAGCUCCAUCAGAACGCCAGGGGCAAGUGGGGGACCUCAAAACCAAGAGCAAAGAAGAACUUUGUGAAUUACUGUCACGCCAAGAUAAAUUAUUAUCUAACAAGAGGUUUAUACAGACCCUUCCAGAUAAAGGGAAGAAGAUAUCAGACUUUGCAGAGAGAAUAUGCCUAGCUCUUGCCCAUAAUGAAGAAGAGGAGAGGAAGCAAGAUAUGCUGUCAUCUGUCAGGACAGAGCUGCAGUCUAAAUACCAGCAGGCUUUGACACAAAGACAACCUGGUAGCCAGAAUAAACCAGGAACUUCCCAACAUAGGAGACAAGCUGGGGACACAGCUCCUGGAAAUGUCCAAGAAUUGGACGCCUCACCUCUGUCACCUAAUGUUCAGGAGAGCAAAACAGUUGACACGCUGCAAGGACGCAAUGUGUCCAAAGUAUCUGCUGCUGAAACCAUGGAGAUGGCCCAGGCUGGUGGUGAUGCCGGGGCCUCUCUAGACUCUGACAGGACAAAAGAGAGCGACCUAGCAGAGGCCUUGCAGAGGGUCACUCUGUCUGACCGCUCAACUGGCUCGAUUGGAUACCCUAAAGACACAUUCAACAGACCUGCUACUGGCAACCCCUUCCUUGGAAGGCAGCCACAGAAGACACCACACUACAUAGAGGUCCUGGAGAGGACUGAGAAGGACCUCGCUACGAAGAGACAGAAGUAUAAGCCUAAUCAGUUUGCCCACAACACAGACGGCUCCCCGUCAGGGUCUCAGUCGCCCAGCCAAUCCCCUGGAGGCUUAUUACAUUCACCGGUGCUCUCCGUUGAGGCCAGGAGGGAGCGAGACAGGAAGCACAUUGAUGAUAUCACUGCAGCCAGGCUCCCACUGCUCCGCUACAGCCCUGCCCAGCUGCUGACACUAGAGCAGUCAGCCGACCUGCUACGUGAGCAGACCAGGAAACACCAGGAGUUGCAGGCCAAGCUGGCAGCCCAGAAGCUGUCUGAUGGGCUGAAGUUCAGCACAGGGAGCUAUGUUGUGGAAGGGGGCCCGCUGGGCGCCUACAGGGAGGUUCAUGACGACGGAGCCCAGCUCUCCUCAGAGGAGGACUAAUCCAGGGGGCCGCAGUAAGGAAACUCAGGUGACCUCUGAGACAACAGUCUCUGUGCCCUGCGUCAGGGCCUAUGGAAGGAAGGGGAUUGGCAAUACAAAGACGAGAGGCCUGCCUGAGGAGCUGGAAAUGGUCAUGGGCUUCGGGUGGUUGUGAAGGCACAGUGGGUGUCCCUGUCUUGGCUGUCCAGGGAGGUGAAUUGUGUGGGUCUUGUUCACCAUCAAUGAUUCACUGAGUUGUCACCCAAUCAGCAUCCUGUCCAGUUUAUCAGAGCUGCCACAGAACCUCAGGCCUCCCGUUGGGUGAUGUGUUAGCCUCUUGCAUGGAGCAUUAGGUAUGCUACCUCCCCAUGUUGUCAGAGAGUAAAGGAUUGCCUGUAUUGUGCCUAGGGAGGACUGGUGUCAGUUGUGUGAUGAGGCUGCUACAGUAUUGUCCGGUAUUGUUGACUCACUUGGUGGUUGCAUUUCCAAAACUGCAAAGUAAUGACCGUCUGCAUGUGAGAAAUAUAAAGAAAAUAUUUUUUGUAUGAUCUUUUUCUGCAGUGUUUCUUAUUGAAAAUAAAACUCUGUUCUUACCA